GCCGGGUCUCCGGCGGCCGUUCACGGGGCGAUGCUGGAACGCCCUCGGGCGAGCUCCCGGAAAGGCCGAGGAGGGGCCCGGGGCCGCCGCGCCGGAGGCCGAUGGCGGUGGAGCCCGGCGGAGCGGGGCCUCCCGCGGCUCGCUCCGGGAGCAGGCCUCCGCCGGCCCCGAGUGCGCCUUCUGCGACGGCCUGGGCCGCAGGGGCUGCGAGGCCUGCGGUGGCCACGGCUCCCUGGUCUGCCGGGCCUGCGACGGCAUGCCCCCGCUGCCCUGCCCCGCGUGCGGCGGCUCCGGGGCCCUGCACACGGCCUCGAGGCCAUCGCGCGCCAGGGCGGGCGCGCGAGCCGCGGCCUCGCCGUGGGCGCCGUGGGCGGGCGGCGCUGCACGGCGUGCUGGGGGAUGCCGACGACGUGCCAGGAGAGUGCUUCGGCGUCCCGGCGCUCCGGUGCGGGGCCUGCUCCGGCGCGGGCUGGACGCCGUGCACCCGCUGCGUGCCGGGGAAGGCCUUCCACUAGCCGCCCGUCGGUAUCGGGUCGGUGAAACGAUGCCCAGCCCGCCUCGUCGCCGCCGCUGCCCGCCGCGCCGGGCCGCCGCGGCUCGCGAGCUGCGCCUCCCCGGCGGGCGCCGCCCCAGAGGCGGCUGAGCCGCAGUGG